AUGGUGGGCCCACGAGAGGGUGACCCCACAUGGUUCAUUCUGGCUGAGCCCAGCCGGGCCCCGUGGCAGGUCCGGCCACCAGGAGCUCGCCUGCGAGCUCCCCUCCCAGGUCUGGCUCCAGGAGGGGGCCCCAGUCUCCCUAUUUGGAACGAGUAUCACUUUGUGAAUAAGUUAAAAACCUGGACUGAAGCACAGACAUACUGCAGAGACCACUACACUGACCUGGCCACUAUUGAAAACCAAGAGGACACAGAUGAGCUGAUUAAAACUGUUAAAGGAGAUGUUGAGCGUGUUUGGAUUGGACUGGAGAAGAGUGAGAGAAAGGUCAGCAGUGAGAGAUACAUAGUGAUUACUGAGACCAAAACCUGGACAGAAGCUCAGAGCUACUGCAGAGAACAUCAUACAGACCUGGUCAGUGUGAGGAACCAGACUGAGAAUCACAUGAUAUGGAGUUUGAUAAAGGACAGUAGCUCUGCCUGGAUCGGCCUGUUCAUGGACUCAUGGAAAUGGUCAGAUCAGAGUAAAUCCUCAUUCAGAAACUGGGCACCUGGACAACCUAAUAAUAAAAGGGGUAAUGAGAAGUGUGCUGACAUGCAGGUAACUGGUAAUAAACCGGGACAAUGGCAUGAUUUGCCAUGUGACAAUAAAAUGCCAUUUGUUUGCUAUGAAGACAAGCUGAUCCUGAUCAAUGAGACUCUGACCUGGAGUGAAGCUCUGAAUUACUGCAGAGAGCGUCAUGUGGACCUGGUCUCAGUUCACUCAGAGAAGAUUCAGAAGUGGGUGAUGGAGAUGGUUGAAAAGGCCUCCACUGAUCAUGUGUGGCUGGGCUUACAUUACAGCUGCACUACGGGCUCCUGGUUUUGGGUGAGUGGACAAUCUCUCUGCUACCAGAACUGGGCUCCAGGGAAUGGAACUGGGGUGGAAGAAUGUAGUAAUGGGGGAAUUACAGGAGCAGUUGAGUCUGGAGGAAACAAAGAAUGGAUCAGCUUCUCUGACACUGAGAGAUUCAACUUCAUCUGCAGCAACUAUGAAGCUAAGGUGGUUCCCAAAGUGUAG